AUGAAGAUCACUCCCAUUCCCGUCGGUGUCGUGGGGGAGAAUUGGGCCAACAUCCACGAUCCAGUGGAGCGUCGGAGGGCCCAGAAUCGCAUUGCUCAACGAGGGUAUCGUCGACGUUUACGAAAGGGAGAAGAGAGAAACACUGCGCAAGCCAGUGCAGCCACGCUGCCUUCUCCUCCCCAGCAACAGCAUGAUCAGGUCCUCCCUCCACCACCAUUAUCAUUACCACCGCCACUACAAUCAUAUAGCCUCCACCCACCCACCCCGCCUACGUUACCCUCCGAUGUAUCUCCAUACACCUCCCCAGCGGACCCUCUCAUGUUCACCGGAGAGCCCUGGGACCCGCCCCUCAGUCUGGACGUGCUAUUCCCAGAUCCGGUGGCGUACUCAGCCUACCCCUCCCCGCUGGCCCUGCCUCUGCCGGACCUGCUCCACGAACCCACCCCCGGGUUGACUCCGGAACCCACGUCCAGCGGAAGCCCGACCCUGACCUCCACCACCGAAGGGAGGAGCGGCCCUGCACAUGGACACACAGCUCUGCAUCGUGCCGCGCUCCACGGCCAUGAGUCGGUGUUAGCGGUGCUGCUACGGGCCGGGGGCGAUCCCUCCCUGCCUGACAGCGCCGGAUGGACGCCGCUACACCUAGCCGCGCGGCAGGGCCACACCAGGGUGGUGCAGCUGUUGCUGACGAGUGACGUUCAUCACCGGGGGGCCGUGAAUCGGACCACCCGACGUGGAGAGACUGCCUUCCAUCUAGCCGUGCAGGCCCGGCAGCACGCCGUGGUGCGCGUCUUACUCGAGCAUCCCGCCAGCUACUACUCGGUCAAUGCGCAGGACUGCUGGGGUCGCACCCCGCUGCAUCUGGCGUGUGAAUCAAACCAGCAGGAGCUGGUGGAGAUGCUGAUUCUGGCGGGUGCUCAACUAGACAUUCGUGAUUUCGAGGAUCAGACGCCCUUACAUAGUGCUUGUCUCGGUGGCAGCCACUGA